UCAACAAGUGAAUCUAAAAGUCAAGUGAACAAAUAAUCUGAUGAACAGAAUAAACUGGGGCCGUGUAGACACAGUGAGCACAUCCACGGCGGGAAGUGAAGCUGUGUCCCUGCCACAAGAACAGUGACUAUGAAACUCCCCCUGCUCCUGCUGCUCCUCCUGCUGGGGACAGUUGCUGCUCUUCAUCAGGGGAAUGAUGCCCUCUAUCCUGACAGCCAAGAGUCACAGGCAGACCUGAGCCAGGAUCUGGAAGGCUCUGGGGAACAGGAGGGAGAGUCAGUCCUGACUGAGGAGGCGAUUCAGUCUGAAGGAGAGCAGGUGGAGGCUUCCAGCUGCCAAGAUGCCGUUGAGGAUGAAGAGGCCAUGGAGUCGGACCAAGAUGACCUAGAUGAGAACUUGCAGUGCCCCAGGGAAGAGGACACAGUGAAAAUUCUUGGCAGUCCUGGAUGCAAGACCUGCCGCUACGUGUUGGUGCGGACCUGCAGAAGAUUUAGAGGCGCUAGGUGGUUCUCAAAUGCUAGUGAGCAGCAGAAUCUCCUAGAGGUCUUGUUGAAGCAUAGAUAUCAGAAUUAG